UGCUCAGGAGAAGGUAAUCGCUACACGGUAUCGUGAAACACUGCAAGUUAGCUCGCUAGCCUUUAGCAAGCGGAUGAAUGUGUGCUGCCGCUGCUAAGGUAGCCAUUUUGAAACUGUGUUGUUCCAACGAAGCCAGGUCCAGUCUGUUCCUGUGCAGAUACCAGUGAACCCUCAGCAAGAAAACGGAAAACUGCACUGAAACUUCAUGUGUCAGAAACAACUUAUUCAAGAAGGAAAGGAAAGACCCACUUGACAAAGUUUGGACGCAUGCUAUUUUUCAACCUUAAUUUUUUUCCCAGAGAAAAAGGAGUUGAUUGAGCUGUCUUGAGGAUUUUUAUUUUUUUUUUUGGACAAGUUUAAUUGUUGUCAAAGGACUCUUGCAUCAUAUGACACAAAGACCUUUUGACUUGUGGAAGAUUUUUGCUUGGCUUUUGAGCUUGCAUAUCUAUGAAAUCAGAGCUAUACCCUAUAUCUGCUUCAAUCAGAAAGCUGCAGAUAAUUAAAUGGUCAUCUUACAAAUGUGAUAUUAAAACAUAUGAAGAUAAAAACAGCAUUAUAAUGCAUCAUCCAGCAGCAUCUGUAUUUCACUAACCAAAACAGAAAAUGAUGGCGAUGUAACAUAGGAUUUUACUUCCUUCAUUGUCAUGUGACUUUGAACCUUUGAGCAUUAUUUUCUUCAAACUCAGACAGUCUUUUUCAUCAGUUUAAUGAGGUGAGCGGUGGUUUUCAGUGACCUCCAUUGCCAAUAAAAGACUGUCUCUGAACAAAUUUUUUCUUUUCUGCGUGCGUUUCAGUAGAUCUUAAAAUGAUUCGGUAAAAGGUCAGUCAGUGUAAAUACAUACUGGCACGCAGUGUGGCAGGACAGCGCCUGUCUCUCCCCCCAUCUGGUGUCAAAGUGGAACUGCUACACAAACUGUUGUCCAUAUUCCAGGGCAGUAGAUUUUCACAGACUGCUUCCUUAUAUUAAUAAUAAGAACCUGGCUCCUUCUCACCGUUGGGACAAACCACCUGUCAAAUCAAUUCAUUUUGCCAAUCAGCAUAAAGUCCAAUCAGGUUUUGAGUCCUAUUCCUGACAGUAAGAGCAAAUGGUUCAAAUAAAUUGGUGAAGGAUUCAAUCUGACUGGAAACAGUAGCACUCAGAGACGUGACCGACACGGGAGCUUCUUGGGAAUCUGGUUCAAGAAGAAAAAAAUCAGUCCCUCAUAGACCUCUGUGCUUCUGCUUUCAAAUCUACUUCCUGCUUGGCCAGUUCUCUGGAUCUCCAUUCCAGAUCAUUCCUGCGUCCUUUUGACCCAUCUCCCAGUGUCUCACCCUGGACGAAGGGAUCUGCCUCUGGGGAAAGGGGCUGUGCUGUCCUGGCGGAGCUGGAGAGGGGGUUGUCUGUGUGCUGCUCCCUGUCUGUCAGUGCACACACUCUGUGAUCAGUGCCAACAGGCCUGAGGAACCGAGCCCAGCCGGACCGAGAGAGGAGGCAGAGGACUUCAGAGCCACAGACUCUGGGGUAAUGAUAAGGUUUCACCUGAUUGACUCGGCUAGAGCAAACACGCAUGGAUGUACUCAAUAGCCAUGAAGUUAACGGCUGUGGUGUGGUCCUCAUUUGUCAACAUUUUGUGGGUAGCAGCCAUUCAUUUUCCACCUUGUGCGCAUAAUAGUAAUAAAAGUCGAAUGAGAAAGUUAAGCAAAAUCAAGCAUGAUGAGCUAUGUAAAUUUUUCACAUACACAUGUUGCAAAAUAAUACUUGUAUUAUGCUGCACGAGAUGUUUUCCAUCCAGGCUGUCAACCAGUUAUCAGCUUCACAGGCACAGCUGCAGCGUGUCGAGCUUUGUUUUCUGCUAAGAAUAGGAGUCUUUUUUGGCUUGUCUUGAGGGAGACCUUUACGCAGUGAAUUUCAAAAUAACUGAUGGUAGACAAAACACUUGAAAGAGAUGACAUAAAAUCAAAGAUAGAUGGGUAUGAAAGGGAAUUUAAAUCAGUGUGAGAGAUUCAUGUUUCGGUGCUUGAAAUUUCUGAAUCAGAAUUUUAAAAAUGUCAUUCCUUCUGCUCAUUUCUUUUGUUAGAUCCUGGCCAUGAGGUUUGAUGCCUCGAUCCACUGACCGGAAACACUGGACCUAAAUGGCGCAGCAUGACUUUGUCCCUGCCUGGCUUAACUUCUCCACGCCCCAGCCUGCCAAGUCCCCUGCUGCCAACCUUGAGAAACAAGGUGAGCCCCACCUCCACAGAGACGGCAGAACCGCUGUGAGCCGCCGCCGCCACAACUCCUCUGAUGGCUUCUUCAACAACGGCUCCCUGCGAGCUCCAGCAGGUGACGGAUGGCAGCAGCCCUCUCUGCUUCUGAGGCAUGACUCUGUUGACUCGGGGGUGGCCAAAGGAGGACAUGGUGGGCUGGCAGGGGGCUCGUGUUGGAAGGAAACACCCAGCUGGCAUGGAGCUCCGCGGGGUGCCCAGGACGGCCACCACCACCAGGGACGCCACCCCAAACGAGUAGGAGGUGACAGGGACAGGCAGGGGGUGCACCGGCAGCGCAAUGGCAACUUUCAUCCCCGCAAGGGCACCUCGUACCAGGACAAGUUCCCCAACGAGGAACGCAAAGACGGCAAGGACGAUAAGCUGAAGUUCGUGGAAGAGGACUUUCCUUCCCUCAACCCUGAAACAACUGGAAAGCCUGGGACUCAGAUGCGAGCAGUGGCUCCCCAUGCUGGAGUGUGGGAAAACCCCCCUAGUGGCAAACAGAUGGUGUCCAAAAUGUUGGUUAUCAAGAAGGUUUCCAAGGAGGACCCCAGCACAGCCUUCUCUGCGGGGUUUGCCACUGCUGGCGCCUUGCCCACCAACGGCAGCAAAGCUCCCAUUGCAGGCUCCAGCGUCUACAAGAACCUGGUCCCAAAGCCUGCUGUGGCCCCCACCAAAGGCACCCAGUGGAAAUCCGGUGGUAGAGAGAUCACUAAGUCUGGCCUUCACAUGCCAGGCCGAGAUUCAGUCUUCACAAGCCCCGUCUCUGCUGCCAAACCCAGCACCCCAGUCAGUGCACCACAGCACAACACCCCAAAAGAGCACCCUUCCAGCACGACUCCUCCCAUCGACAUUGCCCCGUCGAGGCUGAAGCUGAUGCGUCGUGGUCCGGACCGUAAGAGUGAGUUCCUGCGAGCUCUAAAGGACGAAGGCACCGGAGAGCUAACGACAAGCAGCAGCCCAGGAACAUCGGGAGAGGGUGAAAGCAGCACCCCAGAGCCCAAAGCCUACAGCGAGGAAGUCUGCCACGAGAACGGUCUGUCCUACUCCCUCAGCGACUCAGACACCGAACACCUGUCCAGCUCCCUGGAGGCAGAGCACAGGUUGCUGAAGGCCAUGGGCUGGCAGGAGUACCCAGAAAACGAUGACAACUUCCUGCCUCUGACGGAGGAUGAGCUGAGAGAGUUCCAGACUAAAACCGAACAGCUGAAGAGGAACGGCAUGCAGAGGAAUGGGGCUCUCCCGAGGGCGCGGGGUGUGACCCUCCACUUCACCCCCUGGAGGAGUGUGGCGGAGACGAAUGUCGAGGAGGGCUCCGAGUCCGAAACCAGUAGCAGCAGCCAGACCUCUGACGACGACGACUGCAUCAAAUCCUAACGUGGCUUUACGGAACAAAAAAAAACACCACCACAACAUCCCAGCAAGCAAUCCCCCCCCUCUUCCUCUCUCAUCUUUGUUUUUAGAGCACCAUUUUGAAUUUCUUUUGUUAUGAUUUUUUUUGUUGUCAUUCUUGCACAAGGGAAAAAACAAUCAUAUCCCAGUGAAGGGGGAGAUUCCUGCUCCGCCAGACGUCGUUUUCCCUGCGUUUCCUCCUUCACUGCAGUCCCUGCCCUCUUUGCCCCCCUCCCCCUCAAUCCCCCUCCUUCCGUUUUCUUCCUCGCUUCGUGGAACUGAAGUGUUCGUCAAGAAAAGAAGGGCAAUGAAUGCACACUUGAUUCUGCUUUAAACAGACUAACUCAUUUCAUUGAUGAUGCUGAUGACACAUUAUUAAUGAUAUUAAUAAAAAUUGGUUCCUGACAAGCUGAUAUGUUUCAAUAUGAA